UAUUGCAGACUGAUUUCAAGGGUUUGAGAGAAAGAAAAGGAUUAAACUACUGCCAUUUUGAGAUCGACGUAGCAUAAACCUCACAGAAUAGGGUUAUAUGGCGUCCGAAAAGUCAAAAUUUCUAUUUCUAUUCUUAGUACAUUUGCUUUCUGUGUCUAGCACAGUAUAUUUCUUGUGGACAACAUCUUUUCAAGGAUAUAUUGAAUCAAAAGAAAUUGAACGUGAAAUUAACAGCACCAAAAUACAUCGCCUGAUAAGUAAUAAUUCUACUGGUAUUCACAGCAUUGGCGGCAAAACGGAGGUCCUUCUUGGCUGGAGGAGAAAUAUUAAUUGGGAAUCCGCAGUACAUCUUCAUGAGUAUCGAUAUCUCAUCAAUCCAGAAGAUCGGUGCAAGAAUUCUAGAAACAUCACAUUGCUUAUCCUCAUAAAAACAAGAACUAGCAGUAAAAAGAACAGGGAUUUUAUCCGAGAAACAUAUGGUGAAGCCGUGGUAAGGUACAAUGUUUCUGUUAGGAUUUUGUUUCUCACCGGACUCACUGAGAACUCAACGGUUCAAUCCAUGCUCCAACAAGAGGCUGAUAUCCACAAAGAUAUUCUGCAGGGACAUUUCCAAGACACUUACCACAACCUAACUGUCAAACUCGUUAUAGGUUUUAAAUGGGCAACCACAUUCUGUAGAAAUAAUAAUUACGUAAUGUCCACAGACGAUGAUACCCUUGUCGACGUCGUUGACCUCGUCAACGAUCUGGAGGUAGAUGCUUCGACCGUGUUACCUUCAAAAUUUGUGUUAGCAGAGCCUGCAGUUGGUUGGCAUCCUAUUCGUAAUUCUAAUUCCAAGUGGUACACACCUCCUGAAUUAUAUUCGGCUAAGUCAUGGCCGCCUUUUCCUCGAGGAUAUGCUUAUAUCGUUUCCAGAGAUGUGGCCGAACAACUUGAUCGGGCCUCACAGAAGAUAGCUCCACCUGUGCCAUGGGACGAUGUCUACUGCGGUAUGCUCUUGAAAUAUUUAGGAUUAGAGAUGAAUGACAUCAGAUCUUGGUUUAAAUCUCGGCAUGGGCACAAAAGGCGAAUGCAUCCAUUGAAAGCUGAAGAUCACUACGUGACUAAGAUGACAAGCAAAGCCCACUGGCGGGCAAUCGAACAAAGAUACAAUUAUACCCGUAUAAAUGCAAGCACUGGUAGGUAAGAUCCACGGUCAGUCUUGUGUAAAGACCGGAUACCCGUGCACUGUAAAAAAAAAUUGGUAAAACUUUAACCAGAAC